GACUUCCUGGAGACAUAUCCGGUUUCUUGGAAGUUGGAAUGUCGCUUGAAGGACUAUCUCAAGCAGACGGUGAAGAGAGUCACCCUGCCUUCCAAGCUCGAAAUUGCUUCACUUCUACCCGACUUGUUGCACACAGAAUUAUGCGGCGAGGCUUUCGGUGGCAUAGUGGCAUGCCAUCAGACGUUCUACUCCUUGAUGGUGAAGUACCCAGACUUCCUGUACGACCUGUGUGUGAAAGGUCUUUCUGAUUGGACACUGGCACCGAAUGAAACCUUGUUUUCACCGGGGCUACGAUGUGACAACAUGUUGUUCGUGGCAUACAACUUCGUGCUGUACAAAAAGAAGGGCAUCGUUACGCAGACAGAGCGGAGCAGCCCUCACACAGCGAAGACUUGGUCCGUUAACGGUUCAACGACCUGGGCCACCAUGACUCCGAUAACAGCCAGCCAGCAGCUUCAACAUUUUGCCAAGUCAGUGAAGUCUCAGAGCCCAGUCUUGCGU